AAUUGUUUAACGGAAAGGAUCGUGAGAGCGACGCAAGAUGGCAAUACCGUACGAGCUUUUUCCUUUCCACCAAGUGUGACGCGUAUGCGCGCAACAACAAACUGAUCGUGAGAUGAACUCUGCGAGCAAGGUCGGUGAGAUUUUCACCGCGGCUGGAGCUGCCUUCAACAAGCUCGGCGAGUUGACGAUGCAACUACAUCCAACGACGGACUCACCGGCAGGUAAAUGGACUGACGAGGAAAUUGAGAUGCUCCGUCACUCGGUAAAGACCUUCAGCGAAGACUUGAACAAAAUAAGCGAACACAUCAAGGGACGAACGGUCUCACAGAUUCGGACAACGUUGAAGAAGAAGGCUUUCGAGGAAGCGGGUGUGCCGAUAAGACAACAAAGUCAACAGUCUACGGUGGUGCAACAGCAGGGAUCUAAACAGCAGCAAAGCGCUGGUAAUCAAGGUCUGAUCGGAAAGUCCGCAGAAGUUACAUUGAACAUGUUAAAUGCACCCGAAUCGGAGGUGGACGUCGAAGGACUACCCGAGGAUUGUCAAGUAAAGCUCGAAUUCGAAGGUGCCACGGAAGAGGUAGCUUCUUAAUUUCAACGACGUAUUUUUCUUGUUUCGUUUUAACCUAUAAUACUUAAGAUAUUAAUCGUCUACACUCAAUUAAUAUCAAGCGAGGAGCCCGAAGCGAAUACGAAAAGUAAGAUCUUUUAUAAAUAAAUUUUAUCGAAAAAACA